ACAUACCUCCCUUUUAGGACUUAAAACUUAUAUACAAAUGCAUUGUUGUUUUUCUCUCUCCUUUGGAGUCCCCCCCCUCCCUCCCACCCAGCACAUACAAACUUUCGUAUCUUAUCUUGCACAAAACUCAAUCAUUUCUCCAAACAUAUUAACAACAAUAACAAAAAUAUUAAUUAAACCCUCAAAUUAUAGAUAGAUUGAACCCUUUGUUUUGUUAAGGAAAAUAUACCUUUGCAUGCAUUGGUUUCUUUCUUUUCAAGGUAACGUUAUUCGCGUUACAUAUAUAUAUAUAUAUAAUUUUAUCAAAUAUUCAUCUAUUGUUGUGAAUUUUUCUUCUUAUUCAUUAUUAUUGUAACAACAUUAUUACAAUAAGAAUUUUGAAUUUCUAAGAUCCUGUGAAAUUUCAAACUUUCGUGGGAUUUUGGAAAAGAUUGAAUAUUGUACACAUUUAUUUGGAAUAAGUUAAAGGGUUUUUGGCAAUUGAAAGGAAGGAAUUGAUAGAGUGAAAUGAGAUAUGAAACAAUGAAUUAUUCGGUUGGGUUGGUGAAUUGAAAUUUUGAAGCAAUGGAAGUGACAAGAAUCCGCGGUUGUGCGGUUGUUUAUGUCAUCCUCCUUUGUGCUUUGGCUCAAGGGGGCUCAGAGGGGAAGAAGGAAGAUGAACUUUAUAAUGAUGAUCAUCAAAUUUUUUCAUUUUUCAAUAACAUUCAUGGAAAACAGGAAGAGAAAGUGUGGAAACAUUGCAUUAAACAAUUGAUAGAGAAGAACAAUGAUGUAGAAGAAAGCAGUGACUUGCGGUCUAUUCUUUCGACAGAAAACAAUAUUCACAAAGCAACAGAAUCAUUACCUCUCCAUAUGAGAAAAAAAGUUAUGGAUUGCAUAAGAACAAGUGCUACUCCUCCUGCUCCUAUUUCUGAAGUAAAAAUUACUUCAAGAUACUUGAUAAGAGAACGUUCUAAACCAACCUUAGUGUCAAGAAACGAUCAUCCUCAUUUGAUAACAAGUUCGAUUUCUGAAUCACGACAAAAUCACAUAUCACCAAGUCCUAGUACUAAAAUGGUAGCAGAAAUUCAUGUUUCAACACCAGCAAGUGCUUCUUUGUCUUCACCAUCACCGACACCAGCAAGUGCUUCUUCACCUUCACCGACACCAACACAUGAGCAUGAAUUUGAAUAUUUACCAUUUACUCCAGAUAGUGUUGCGUCGUCUCCACCUCCACCGAGUAAAUCUAGUGAUCCUUCUCGUAAAUUAAAACCUAAAACAGAUGCUCCAACUUCUCCACCUUCUUCUAAUAAUGACUCAACAAUGAAGGAUACAAUUAUUUUAGCUGUUGUUAUCUCAGGAAUCAUAAUCUUUAUUGGAUUAUCCCUUUGCUAUCGCGAGGCCAACAAAGAUGACGGACCUUUGCUCGUAUUAACCUCGGGCGAUUAUUCUGGAGGUACACCGAGGGUUGUUCGAUUGGGAAGUAUUAAUAAUAAAGAAGAAUGUGAUAUUAACAAAGGAUGUCCUUUUAAUAAAGGAAGGAAUACAUCUAAUGUUAAAAGUUUGUCCAUUAAGGCCGAAAAUAAUAACGAUUCUUCACUAGUCGAAAAAAUAACUACAGCAACAGAAACAGCAGCAGAAACAACAACUACAACAACAACAACAACAACAUCAACAGCAGCAGCAGCAGCAGCAGCAGCAGCAGCAACAGAAGAUAUGAGACAACAAGUAACAGAAACUUCUUCUGAAAAACCAGCCCCUUCACCUCCUGGUCCUCUGCCGCCGCCUCCUGGUCCUCUUCCGCCGCCUCCUGGUUUUCUGCCGACUCCUGGUCUUCCGAAACCUCCUCCACCACAGCCACCUCCUCUUGCUUCUCGUCCUCCACCACCUCCAAGAGCUGGCCAUCCACCACCUGCUCCUCCUCCCAAACCAAUGGCUGGUAAAAACAAAGGUAUACCUCUUGCACAAGCAAAAGAAGUAAGUUCUGAAGGUGAUGCUCAAAAGCCUAAACUAAAGCCAUUUUUCUGGGAGAAGGUUAAUGCAAAACCUGAUCAAUCAAUGGUGUGGCAUGAGAUCAAUGCAGGGUCGUUUGUGUUCGAUGAAGAAAUGAUGGAGUCAUUAUUCGGAUUCACAAACCAGAACAAAAACGAACGGAGAAAAGAUUCAGCUUCUGCGGAUACUUCAGUACAGUAUAUUCAGAUUAUUGACCCUAGGAAAGCACAAAAUUUAUCAAUUCUUUUACGUGCUUUGAAUGUGACAACAGUAGAAGUUGUUGAUGCACUUAACGAAGGUAAUGAGAUUCCUUUGGAGCUUAUCCAAACAUUGUUGAAGAUGGCACCAACACAAGAAGAAGAACUGAAACUUAGGUUAUUUUCUGGAGAACUAACUCAAUUAGGCCCGGCAGAGAGGUUUCUCAAAGUAUUGGUUGAAAUUCCAUUUGCUUUCCAACGUCUUGAAUGUCUCAUGUUCAUGCUUAUUCUUCGAGAAGAGGUUUCAAGCAUUAAGGAUUCCUUCGCAACAUUAGAGGUUGCUUGCGACAAGUUGAGAAAAAGCAGAUUAUUCUUAAAACUACUAGAAGCAGUACUCAAAACCGGCAAUCGUAUGAAUGAUGGUACCUACCGGGGGGGCGCUCAAGCAUUUAGGCUCGACACACUUUUAAAACUUUCUGACGUAAAAGGAACAGACGGAAAAACAACAUUGUUACAUUUUGUGGUUCAAGAAAUUAUACGUUCUGAAGGAAUAAGAGUAGUAAGAACUGAAAGAGCAAGCAGAAGCAUUUCAAGCGUAGGAACCGAUGAUGUAGAAUAUGAAAACGAAAAUUCAGAAGAACAUUAUCGUAGUCUUGGACUUCAAGUAGUUUCAAGCUUAAACAGUGAACUCGAAGAUGUUAGAAAAGCAGCAUUAAUAGACGGUGAUGCAUUGACCAGCACAGUUUUGAAACUCGGUCACUCGUUGGUUAAGACUCAGGAGUUUAUGAACAAUGAGCUUAAGAAUUUGGAAGGGACUGAGUUUCAAAGUUGUUUAGAGAAGUUUAUGGAUCAUGCGAAAGGAGAGGUGAUGUUUCUUGUUGAAGAAGAAAAAAGAAUAAUGGCAUUAGUUAAGAGUACGGCGGAUUAUUUUCAUGGGAAUGCAGGGAAAGAUGAAGGGUUGCGCCUGUUUACGAUUGUGCGUGAUUUCUUGUUCAUAUUAGAUAAGGUUUGUAAGGAGGUUAAGGAAGCUGCAUUAAAGGCGAUGAAGGAUUCCGCUAAGAAAGAGUCUUUGUCAGCGUCGGUGCCAUCUUCACCGAGUGCCAAAAAUCAUCAAUCGUCGCCAUCACAGCAACCGACGUCAGCUUCUGAUCUACAUAGGCGACUGUUUCCAGCUAUUGCAGAGCGGAGAGUGGAUUAUUCUAGCUCUGAUGACGACGACGAUGAUGAGUUUUAGGGAUCCAGUCAUUGUUUUGAUCUUGAUAGCAGUCUGCUCGCACUCUACCUCAUUGGUUUAAGAUCUCGGACGGCUAAAAUUAAUUACUUUGUCGCACAUUUGAUGUGUGGAAUAUGAAGUUGUAGCUAUGCAUGUAAGUGCUUUGAUGAUGAAUUUGUUGUGUGCUAAUGUGGGUAUAUUAUAUCCUGUACAGUGAUGAAUGUUAUUAUAAAAUGUACCAAGUGUGGUGUUUCAUCAUCGUCGUUGUCAUCGUCAUUAUCUCAUAUUCUGUGUUUUUAUUUUAACCUUCAACAAGUUCAUUGAAAUUUGAACAUAAA